GGGAGGUUAGUGGCGGCGAAAGGCUCAUUCCCCGGCUCCCGGGGACCUGGCCGCGUGGCGCUGCAGGUCUCUUGUACCAGCUGUUAAAGAAAAGUGUCCAAUGAAAAUGAACUGAGCAACACACGGAAGCAGUAUCCCAGCUAAAACAGACCAUUGUCAAGGCCCUGGUGUUGAUCACUCCAAAUCCUAAGAUACCCAAUCAUCUAAAAAGGUAGCAGUCUCAGUUUGUGUGAUCGGAAGAGAAGGGAUUUCUGAGAUGAUGGAGCCCCCGUCCAGCUCAAGGUCACAGAGCUUCCACCACCCAGGACCACAACUAAGCUGUGACCUCAGAGAGAUGCAGCAGUAUCCACGGCAACUAGAUCUUCCUGCACCCUAUUUGUUUGUUCCUUAUGAUAAGGGGAAUGAAGGAGACCAGGAUAUGGUGGCCUCGCUCCAUAGGUUCGGCUUUAUGAUGCCAGUGACGUUUGAGGAGGUGGCUGUGUACUUCUCUGAAGAUGAAUGGGCUCUUUUGGAUGAAAAGCAGAAGGAACUCUACAGAGAUGUCAUGCAGGAGAAUUACGAGACUCUCCUCUCGUUAGGAUUUCCGAUUGCUAAACCAGAUGUGCUGUCCCAGAUGGAGCGAGGGGAAGAGAUGUGGAUCCCAGAUCUCCAGGGCUCUGAGGAAAGGGAAAUCCCAAGAGGCACUACGACAGGUACCGGGACAGCAAGUGAAAACAAGGAGGAGAGUCCCCAGCAGGAAGGGGCUGUGGGAGUGAAAAUGCACAGGAUGUUCUCAGGAAGACCGCAGGGCCCUGAUGGGGCAGAUGUCAGCAAGAGUCAGGACAGAAUGGGGCGGCAGAGAGGAGACUUUCCAGGCAAGAGUAAAUCUACUCACAGCAAAAGAGGUUUGAGGAAAUCCAUAGGCCCCAGCGCCCACCCAGUAACGCAUAUUGGGUUGACACCAAAUACCAUCAAUGAACUGGGGGAAAGAGUCAGUAACAGCCCUCUUCUUAUUCAACCUUGUCAGCAAACUAGUGCAGAAAAGAGUGCUGUCAGGUGUAGUGAGUGUGGCAAAAGCUUCACUCGACAAGAAUACCUUCAGAUACAUCUGAAAAUUCACAGAGAGGAGAGACCCUAUAAAUGUAACAAAUGCAAGAAAAGCUUCAGACACAAGACAAGCCUUGUUCUUCACCAUUACACAGUCCACAAGUCGGAGAGACCCCAUAAGUGUCCAGACUGCGGCCAGCUCUUUAUUCUGAGAGAGAGAUUUAUUCAGCAUCAGAGAAUCCACAAUGAAGAGGCGUCCAGAGGGUUCAACGAUGGGAUUGUGAGUGAGAACAGGGACAAGAAUCCCCAGAAGAAAGGGUCUGCGGGAGCAAAGCCAGACAUGAUGUUGUCGGGGAAACCCCAGUGCCCUGAGUGGGGAGAUGCCAGUGAGAGUAGGGGCAAGGUGAGUCAGCAGCACGGAGACCCUCCAGACUGGAGACAAAGUAAAUCCACUUGCAGCAAAACAGACUUCAGGAAAUCCAAAGACACCAGCACACAGCAUAGAGACUGCAUGGGGAAGAGACCAAAUACAGACACUGAACUUGGGGAAAGUUUCAAUAACUGCUCUCUCCUAAUGAAGCAUCACCAAACUGGUGCAGAAAAGAGUGCUUACAAGUGUAGUGAGUGUAGGAAAAGCUUCACUCAAGAAAAAUACCUUCAGAUACAUCUGAGAACUCACAAAGGAGAGAGACCUUAUAAAUGUAAAGAAUGCGGGAAAAGCUUCAGUCGGAGUUCAGUGCUCAAAGAUCACAUCAUGAGUCACAGAAUGGAACAACCUUAUAAAUGUACUGAGUGUGGGAAAAGAUUCAGAGCGAAGACAAUCCUUGUAUAUCAUCGUUACAUAGUCCACAGGGUGGAAAGACCCUAUAAGUGUCCAUACUGUGGCCAGCAAUUUGUCCUAAGAGAGAGACUUAUUCAACAUCAGAGAAUCCACAAAGAAGAGGAACCUAGAGGAUUUAAUGAUGGGAUCAUGAGUGAAGAUGAAGCUAAGCAUCUCCAGCGGGAAGGGCCUGCAGGAGCAGAACCACAGAGGACAUUAUCGGGGAGACCUGGGGGUCCUGAGCAGGGAGGAGACUGUGGAAGUCAGGGCAUGCCACGAAGGCAGAAGGGACGCCCUGCAGGCAAAAGAGGCAGUAUAUCUAAUCAAUGCGAGAGAGAUUCCAAGAAAUUGAAAAGCACCAUCGCCCACCAGGGCACCAACACAGGAGCACAAACAAGCACAAAUGGUGACAAUGAGAAAAGCUUCAGUAGCAACUCAGCCCUUUCUGUGCAUCCGAAAAUCCACCUGGAAGAGAAACGUUACACCUGUGCUGAAUGUGGGAAAAGCUACCUCCAGCAUGCUCACCUUCGAAGGCAUCAGAAAAACCAUACAGGAGAGAGACCCUAUGUAUGUGCAGACUGUGGAAAGAGCUUUGUGUAUAGGUCAAUACUCAGCAGACAUGAAAGGACCCACAAAGAGGAGAAAAACUAUAGCUGCACUGACUGUGGGAAAAACUUCAGCGAGUACUCAUACCUUACUAUGCAUCAGAGAAUCCACAGGGAAGAGAGACCCUAUCAGUGUCCCGACUGCGACAAAAGCUUCAGGCUGCGAGGACACUUUACCAGUCACUGUAGAACCCACACAGGGGAUAAACCUUACAAAUGCACCGAAUGCGGGCAAGGCUUUGGGCGGAAAUCAACCCUGACUAAACACAUGAGGAUCCACACCGGAGAGCGACCCUAUAAAUGUGCGCAGUGUGAUAAAAGCUUUCGUCAGAAGUUCGUCCUUUCCCAGCAUCAGUUAAUACACCAGGGAGAGAGGACUCACAAAUGUACUGAAUGUGGGAAAAUCUUUCUUCAGAAGUCCCACCUUACCACGCAUCUGUCUGUGCAUCGAGGAGAUAGACCUCACAAAUGUACUGAAUGUGAGAAAAGCUUCAAUGACCGAUCAAAUCUUCUUAAACACUUGACAAAUGUCCACUUGAAAAAAAAAACCAUACAGCAAAUGUAGCUUCAGGUUAAAUAGAUCUACAAUUGUGAUGAUAGAAAAUAAUGGAGUGGUGCUUUUUUGAUUCUGGUGAGACAUUUCUCCACUCAUACUUAUUCUAAAAUACAAGGUUUAAGGAGGAUAGGUUGGUAGUAUUGCCUUAUUUAUGAUCAUGGGAGUGAGAUGUGGGAGGGGGGAAAAAGCUGAUGGAGAGGAACUGAUCUUUCAACAGGUUUUGGGGGUGGUUAAUGGGAAUUUCAAGGGAGUGGAAUUGAAUUUUGCAAGUUGAGCAGUGGCAUGCCAUCUAUGGAUGCAAUGCAUGGAUUGCAUUCCUAUGUGAGCCCUGAAUAUGACUUCCUGACUGGCGGUGCCAGUGGGACGAUUCCAUCCAGCUACCGAACAAAAUGGCAUCCUCCACACAUUGUGAAGACAUGGGUAUUUUAACAUGGCGCUCUAUAAACGGAUUAAAACCUGGCGAACUGAGAUGUCUCAAAAUGUAACUGUAAACAGGGAAUCCUUGUUGAACAGGUGUGUUUCUAGUGGGAUUCUGCAGAGAUCAGUUCUUAAUCCUCUGCUUUUGAAACAUUUUUAUCAAUGACCCGGAAAAAAAUAUAAAAUGAUCACUGAUAAAAUUUGCAGAUGACACAUAAAUUGGGGGAGUGGUAAAUAAUGAAGAGGACAGGUCACUGAUUCACAGUGAACUGGAUCACUUUGCAAACUGGGCAAAAAAAAACUAUAUGCAUUUUAAUGUGGCUAAACAUAAAUAUAUACAUGUAUGAAUGAAGAAUGUAGGCUAUACUUAAAGGAUGGGGGAUUCUAUCCUGGGAACGUGGGACUCUGAAAAAAAUUUGGGGUGUGGUGGAUAAUCAGCUGAAUAUGCUGUCUCCAAAAAAGCUCAUGCAAUCCUGAGAUGCAUAAAUGGGAAUCUCGAGGAGUAGAGAGGUUAUUUUACCUCUGUAUUUGGUACUGAGGCAACUGUAUUUUUUUAAAUAUGUCUCAGGGUUUAUCUACUCCGGAAGUUUUACUGGUAUAAUUUUGCAAGUACGGUUAUAAUGGCAUAACUUUCUGUGAAUAAGUGUUUCAACAUGGAGAGUUACAGAGGCAUAAUUACAAUGGUAUAUUUUAUGCCAGUUAAAUUCCACGUGUAGACAAGCUCUUAGCAAGAGCAGUUUUCAAGGUAACAGGUGAACAGGAGUGAGUCAGCCUUGCCCCACCCUCACAGCAGCUUUCUAUGAUGCACUAACUGGCUAUAGCACUAUUGGCUAAAGAGUCAGCUCACUUUCAAAGGCAUAUGGUUAAUAAUGGGAUGCCAACGAGUGCAUCUUCACCUGGAUCUUCCAUCCCCAGCAGUUCAGUCUAUUCCAAGUGGGUAGGCACACCGUGAUUUUUCUCCCGUAAGGCAAGUACCCUAACUGGGCCAGUGUAACUGGUAAUGCAAGUGCUACUCCCUCCCCGAGCUGUGCAUCCUACAGUCCACUGAGGGUGUCUGAAAAAAUACCCAUAAUCCUUGGUGCAGGGACCUGCUGCUUAUCCUCUAUGGAAUAGCUACCCAAAAUGUUUCCUAAUUUACUUCUAAAAAACACAGUUGGGCAGAGUGCUGGGUAUGAACUGGAAAACAGAAAAUGCCCCGUUAAACUUACAGCCAAUUAAGCCUGAGUGUGAUUUGUUAACUUAUGAGACAAAGUCCCCUAAGGCUUUGCAGCUAUGCAAAAUGUAUAAAGGAUAUGUGUGACAGAUUGCUAUGCUUGCUAGUGAAAUAAGGAAUGGAGAGGUACUGAGACUGAUCUGUUUGCAGAUGUUUUAACCAUUAAUUGCAAGUCCUGACUGUUUUGCUGUGUAAGGGAGAUGUGAGUGGUAUGAACAAAACAAGGAAGUAACUAGGUUGUAAACAACUGGGGUAUGUGAUGGUAUAAACAAAUUGGAACAGACACAGGUGUUGACACUUAAAGAUAGGUCAGAAAAGAUUUUACGGCUUGCCUUGGGACAAGAUUCCCAUGAUGCUUUGCAGUUAACAUAAAGCUAUCUAGCAAGGAAUGGAAUUUUACAAUGCAGUAACUGACAUAUUUUAUAUAAGAUAUUUUUGCAAUGUACUAACCACAACAUAUUUGCAAGAUAUGUAACAAAUUAAAAUUUCCAAAAAAGGCCAUAAACCAUGAUUAGCUACUUGGUGUUGAAACACUUGGAAAAUUACAAGGAAGAGGGAACUGAGGAAAGAGCCUUAAGGGCAGGUCUGCACGAUGGGGCUAAGUCGACCUGAGUUAAGCAACUCCAGCUAUGUGAA